AUGCGUACCUCAACCGUCCUCUCCGCCGCGCUCAUUGCCACUUCUGCGCUUCCGUCUCUUGCAGUACCCGUCCUUCGAUCUGGCGAUUCCGCAAGUCAUGUCGACGGUGGGAAACACUUCGCUCAUGCUGCACCCGAGGAUUACCGCAUAGGAAUAGUCAACCGACUUCCAGUCUUUUCAAACCCGAAACCUCUCCGUCAGCGCCCGAUCGCCGAGCAUCCGCUCGAAGGAGUCCGCGUUCAUGUACCUGGCCACGUACUGACUGAGGGCGGACUACGGGCCCACAACUCCAGCGCGUCGUCUCAUCCUUAUGCUCACCGUGUCCGCGCAUAUGAUCACGAAGAGCUGCCCGUUCGUCGCCCGCACACUGGGGGAGCUGUUCACAUCGCCCACCUUCCAAGGCCUCAGGCUCAUGUUCCCAACUAUGCCGCAGAGCACGAGCACGAGACGCCCUACCGUGCUGUACCUGGCCACCCCGAAGAAGAACACUUCGCUCGUGCCGCUAUCGAGGAUGCACCCGAGGAUCACCGCAUCGGGAUUAUUCACAGGAUCCCAGUCGGCACUCCCGCGAAUCGUCUCCGUCAGCACCCAAUCGAGCGUCCGAUUGAAGGAGUCCGAUUUCACGCACCCAGCCACUCAGCGUCCGAGGGCGGGCUCCACGCUCGCGCGUACGGCUCUCUUGUUGCACGAAAAGACAAGAAGGGAAGGGGCAAGGCUGAGCCCGCACCCGCACCCGCUCCUGCGAGCAAUACCCAGACGAAUUGGAACGAGGCGAACACUGACAUACAGAAUGCCGGCACCGCUGCGAAGGAUGUCGGAGGCACUGUCAAAACGGUCGUCUCGGUUGGAAGGGACGUCGCGUCCGUGCUGGGUGACUUUUCUAGGCGGGAGGAGGCAGCGAGAGAGCUGGAAGAUUGGAUCGUCGCGCGCACGUACAACGAGCUGGACUAAAGGUCAAAUUGGGUGGAUAGUAGUCGAUACAACCGGUCGCCAGAGCAUAGGAUGUGUUUUGCGAGAUGUCUAAGCACUCCUAUCCGAGCAG